AGACGGAUCAGCCUGGGAAGGAGGCUAGGCAGUGAUUAGCCUCCUUCACAAGACCUAAUUAUUACUUCGAGCAAGAGCGGCCUGGAAUCGAGGCUAGGCAGUGAUGUGAACCGUGAAUCUAGGAGUCAAGUACACUUAUCAGUAAUUUCCUUACUUUAUCUCUGAUCAGACUACCGUAACCGUGUACAAGUGGUUGGGUAAUUCAUGGAUUGUUCAGGGGAAUAUGAUGUGCAAGCACUAAAAUUAGACCACCACCGCUUGUGUGAAGAGUUGGCUCACUGCAAGGCUGACAAAGAAUUCGUGUGGUCGCUAUGGAAACAGUUGCAAAAGGAGUCUCCUGAUAUGACUGCAGCUGUUGAUAUGGUCACCACAAGGAUUAGUGUCAAUGGUGAAUUUAAGGACAGUGUAGGGAGAACCUGGAUUGGAGAGUGUUCUAUGGACUCUAAGACUCUACUAAAUCUAAAACUGUCAUAAUUGUCAAUCAUAUAAACUUUUGACAUGUAGUUAUGUGUUGGAUUAAUUUUAUGAUUUUAAUGGUGUGUGCUUAUUGCAGAUCAAACCUGCAGUAAACCAAGCCACUAGUUGUUAGGGCAAAUGGUAUUUCAAGUUGGUGAUCAUAGCUAUAAUUAUAUUUCAUG